GUCAGUUUGUUUUGAAAUUUGCCGCGAGACGUUUGUAAGCGCGGAUAAAAAGCAAUUAAAGUGACCGAGGCAAAUGUUCUCCCAUCGCAUUGCCAAAUAAUUCAAUUGAUUGAUCAUCGUCGCGAGUUGUGCAUAAUUGCUUAAAGGCAAAACGUUUAACUGCUUUGUUGUUGUUAAUGAAAUAAAAUGAUAGAAAUAAAUAUAUUCAUAAGUGUAUCAACAAUUGUACUGUGUACAAAGUAAGAAGAGAUAAAUAAAUAGAAUUGUGAUUUUGUGUAUUUACUUGUGUGCACCAGCAUUAGCAGCCGCGCCAACAAAGCGGGUUUCAAUUCAAAAUACAAACGCACAUACCAACGCAUGCAGCAUUACCAAAAUGCUGAUUACUUAAACCGCUCAAAUGGGCAAGAAACAAAAGAAAAAUUUCAAGUGGACAAUCAACAACUUAAAUAGAACAUUACCCUGUUGCUGAUAAAAAAGCGAAGAGUGCCAGAUUCGCGAGAAACCCCGAAGGAAACUAUGUAUUAAUCCAAUGAAAGCGGUGACAGCAACCAGCCCGUAGACACUUCAAGGCAGCUGGUGAAAAAGUCGAAAAAAUACAAAAAAAAAAACAAUUUAAUUUACAUGUCAGUGAAUAAAAAACAAAGACAAUUCCAAAUAUGGAUAAAAACUGUAACGGCAAACGCAGCAGUGUUCUGCUGAAAGAUUUUUCAAAAGAAAAUAAUUAGAUUAAAGAGAAUAAAUGUGUUUUCGAGUUACUUAUUAAAUAUGUGGAAAUAAAAAAAUAUAUGAAAAUUAGAGGAAAAUUACUAUUAACCAUAUUGUAAAACUAAAAACCGAAAGUCGCAACACAACAACACUGUGCACUAAGCAGAUUUCCGAAAGUACAAAAAAACAUGCGUAGACGCGCGAACGAAAUGCAACGAAAGCAAAAGUGUUACAACAAUUGAAUUAUAAUAAUAGAAGAACAAGAACAGUCACGCAUGCUAAAAUGGUACAAAACGCACAACAAUAACAAUAACAAUUACACUAGAAAAAAGUAAUCGCACAAUCAUUGAGUACACAGUCUGCUUUAAUAGCCGCGCAUAAAGCAAAAUCAAACAAAAAGUAGAAAAACCCUACAGCGGGCAAGCGGAAAUUUAAACCAAGGCAAACAGAUACAUUCUAAGCCAAAUGCCGACAAUGUAAACGCGCCGGAAUAGCUGCUCGAGUCGCGCGGACGGUUAUCGAACUUUGGGCAGGCGAACGCAUCGUCAUCGCUCGGCAUAAAAACGACUGAAACCAAAACCAAACAAAAAGUAGAUUAAAGUGAUUUAACGGUAAACUUUAAAACACCCAGAGAAAAACCAAAAAACAACAAAAACAACAGCAAUUAAUCAAUGAAUUGAAUAGCAGAUGAAGAAGCGUGCGAAAUUCUCUGUAUUUUGGCAAGAAAAUUGUGUUGCAUAAGAAAUAAAACUUUCAAUUCAGCAUUGUUUUUGCGCAUAACAUUACAAGAAAUUAUAUAAAAAGCGUGUAAGUAAUGCAUGUGAAAAGUUUAAUUAAAUUACGUUAGCAAAUGCAAUGUGUAAAAGUUCGUUGUAAUCCUGGAUGUUGUACACAUUUCUUGUGAAAAUUCUAUCAAGAAAUUUAAAACAGUGCUACCAGACUAAAAACAUUUUGAAACAAAGCAGCACCGUUGUAUAUUAUUUCACCUGAGAUUCACAUCAUAAGUCUUAAAUAUCUACGAAAUGAAUCAUUCCACAACCAGGCUUCACAUCGUGACAGUAAAACUGUGAGAGCUGACGUCCCAUAACGCACUCGCACUGCUUUAGAAUGAAAUGGGUGUGCAACAAAUUUUUGGUCAUGGACCAAGAAGAACACUACAAACACCUACAACAACAAAUGCGACUAUCACACAGCCAUAUCGCUGUGGACUUGCAAAUGCGCCACGGACGCAACUCUGGGAAGCCGACAUCUGGUGUCAACCGCAAACAAAUCUCAACGUCAACGUCAACGGCAGCCAAGUGGGCGAUAGCAGCGUCGGCACAACAACGUAUGCGUUCACAACCAAUACAACAGAUGCGACCGCAAGUGAAGCUGACAACACUGAGCCAACAACACCAGCAACGACAUCAACGCUCCAUCAGCCUUACCGCUGUAUGCUGGAGCAGUUCGAUGCGGCAGUGCGGCGAGCGCGCUACAAAUGUCAACCAAUCACGAAGUACGCUGCAACGGGAGCCACUGAGGUGGCGCAAAAUGACCUUGGUGAAGGAUUUGCGGCGACAGUGGCCGAGGAAUCGGAGUCUGGCAGUGUCAUCAGUGCGGACGAUGCCAAUUGCGUAAUAAAUACUGAAGUGCUGGUGCAACAGCUGCGGCAACCGGUGGUCAAUUUUAAUUUGGCACUGGCGAAGCAACAGCCAUUACAGGGUGAUCAUAUUAGUCAUUUAGUUGAUAGUAUUAAUAUUAGUGACACAGCAAAUGCACAAUGCAAAGCAGUACAAAGGCAAUUGCUAUACUGUGAUGAGUCUGCGGCGGCGAAUGGCAUAUUGGAUGAUGGCACACGAUUAGCGCACACAGAUGUCGCCAUGGCGUCCACCACGGACAAUGCAAAUUUCGUUGCAAAUGGUGGCAGUAGUAAUGCUUCCAUAGUAGAUGAUUUCAUUUGUUACCUGCGCAUACAAUACGAGGACCUAACCGCACGGCUUGUGCCGUCACCCGCCAACCAAGCAACGCAAGCCACAGCUGCAUUAGAUGGUUUGCUGCAACACAAUUUGACUGAUAGCAUAAAUGCCAGCGCUGAAAUCGGUGAAAAUCCACUGAGUAGCGCUUGGCAGCAUUUCCUUAACAGCAGUCGCAGUAAAUGGAAUGCCGGCGAUUUGUUGCCACAACUCGGCGCUCAGUUGGUCAACUCAACAGCUGUGCAAGCUAACUACAGUUGGCUGGCGGGCGCUUAUGAUGAUGCGCUCUGGUCGUGGAAUGUCUUUGAUGAGCUCAGCAAUGACAACGAGUCUGUGCCGGUUAGUGUUAGCAGCAGCAGCAGCAGCAGCGAUGUUGGCAGCAGUUCACUGGCAACUCUGUGGGGACCCCGUAAUCUCAGCAACGACUAUGCGUUGAGUAAUAAGCUAACGCGGCAACAUGAUUACGAGUGGAUAUUCCUUUGUGUCAUAUUCUUCAUAUUUGCGGGUGGUCUCGGCAAUAUUCUAGUCUGUUUGGCUGUGGCACGCGAUAAAAAAUUACAAAACGUCACCAACUACUUCCUCUUCUCGCUGGCGAUAGCCGAUCUGCUGGUCAGCCUGUUUGUGAUGCCGCUGGGUGCGAUACCAGCCUUUUUGGGUUACUGGCCGCUCGGCUUCGUUUGGUGUAACAUUUAUGUGACGUGCGAUGUGCUGGCUUGCUCCUCGAGUAUCCUGCACAUGUGUUUCAUCAGUCUGGGACGAUAUUUGGGUAUACGAAAUCCGCUGGGAUCGCGGCAUCGUUCGACGAAACGCUUGGCUGGCAUUAAGAUUGCCAUUGUGUGGGUUAUGGCAAUGAUGGUCUCGAGCUCAAUAACAGUUUUGGGCCUCGUCAAUAAGCACAAUAUCAUGCCGGCUCCGAAUAUUUGCGUCAUAAAUAAUCGCGCAUUCUUCGUGUUCGGCUCGCUGGUGGCGUUCUACAUUCCUAUGCUGAUAAUGCUCACUUCCUAUGCUCUGACAAUACCACUGCUACGUAAGAAAGCUCGCUUUGCGGCCGAGCAUCCAGAAAGUGAACUCUUUCGACGCUUGGGUGGCCGUUUCACCAUACGACCGCAGCACAGCCAGCAGCAAUUGCAACUGCCCAACAACAGCUUCCGCCGUAGCAACAAUAGUCACACCAGCUACAGCAAAUAUUGUAGCAGCGAUAGCAAUCGCAAUUUCAGCGCCAAAAACGAUGGAGACAUUAGCGCCACGGGCAACGGUGAUUGCGACAAGCAACAAACGCACGGCUUGCGACACGCCAACACAGCAAACUAUUCGAAUGGUUGUGGCAAAGCGGACGGUGGUGGCAAUAGCUUUGGCGGUGCGCUCUUCAAAUGCCGCACCAGCUUUCGGCGCAGCGGCAUGCGUCACACUUCAUCGGCAUCGGUGCGCAUUAAGUCGCCAACACGCGACAUUGGCGGCAUGGAUCGGUUGACGCAAUCGCAAUCGGCACAACACAGCAGCUACUGGCGCACACACGGCAAUCCGAACAUAAUGGACAGCCAUCCCAAUCGACAUGCAUCGGUGCGUGUGAGUGCCUCGCAACCGCAAUUGGGUUAUUCUACAAACAGUGGCACGGCGGGAAGCGCUCUGAUCGGCAGCGCUGGCGGAAACGACAGUGCCCUGCGAAAGGAUGUCAUUAGCAGCAUCAGCGGCAAUACGGCCAACAACAAUGGCAGUAAUAGUGCGUUGCUAUCGAAACAGUACGGCGGCACUUGUGAGCAGAGCACACAGACACCCGAGUCCAUAAUGCGUGAAACACGACGCCACAAGCUGAAAACAUUUAAAUUCUCACUGAAUAAUGUGACAGCGCCAGCGUUGAAUUUGCGCUUCCUGAAUAACCGCAGCAAACGCAAUAGCUUAUCCGCCAAUGCAGUGGCCACCGAACAGAAAGCUACCAAAGUACUCGGCCUGGUCUUUUUCACCUUUGUCCUUUGCUGGUCACCGUUUUUCAUUUUGAACAUCAUUUUCGCCGCUUGCCCCGCAUGUCAAGUGCCCGAACAUGUUGUGGACACAUGCCUCUGGCUCGGUUAUGUUUCAUCAACAAUUAAUCCCAUUAUUUAUACGAUUUUCAAUCGAACAUUUCGUGCGGCUUUCAUACGGCUACUAAAGUGCAAUUGCGAGCGCUCCGGUCGGCCAUCACGCUAUCGCUCCGUCACCGAAGGACGCGGCGCUUUAAGCCUGUGCGCUCCAUCCGCCCUACCGUUGGCCAUUUCAUUUCAAGGUGCACCUUUGAUGACACCAUCAACCACGAAUGCGACACCGUUAAGCGAUUUUCGUGGCAGCUAUACGAUCACAGAUGAUGAGUGUUAAAAUUGAGUUGCACUAACUAGACCAUCAUGGAGGCUGACUGCAAACUGAGCGGCAACGUGGCAAUUAUUAUUUUGACUGAAAAUGACAACAUAAAUAUGCGAGUCGACGCCAUUCAAGGGGCGAAACAACGGCGAAACGACGAAAUGAAAACCAAAACGUAACUAUUGUUACCUACACAUACAUACAUACAUAUAGAGCUCUUGGUAUUCGACAAAACGACUAACCGGAUUAACCGGAGAGGACAUUAUUCGAAUUAUAAUAUGCGGCUUGCAGUAUCCGGAUAGCAGCAAGUCGUCAAAUAUCCGAUUAACCGCUCCUUUUCGACUAACCGGUUAACCGUUCGUUGUCGACUAUUCGAAUUGGAAGCAUUCAACUUCUAUAAAUUUUUCACAAAUGUAUAAUAAGCAAAAAGCAAAGGCUGCUUGGAGUUCAAACAAUUUUCAUUUUUUCAAAUACUUGCAGCAGAGCUACUAUUCGGGUAGUAAUAGUCGGUUAAUAUACAUACAAACGGUUACCAAACGGAUGUUCGAAUAAUCGGUUUUCAGGUUAUUCGAAUAAUUUUAAGAACACUAACACAUAGAUAUAUCCAUAUAAAUACGAGUUGUGCGAGUGUGUAGUGUGAAGAGAGCGGUGUGUUCGAGCUGGCAAAUACAUUAAGUACGAAUGAUGGUAUGUGCUCACAUACAGGCGUCUAUGGUAUAUUCAGGUGUGGUUGCUAUAUGGUAGUCCAUAGAAAUGCCCACACAUAUACAUACACACAGCCACACUGGCAAAAGUUUAUUAUAACUUUGUCCAUACAGUACCAGCGACUAGCAGUAGACAAUUGAAAAAGUUGGUCAACUCGUGAGGAAAUAUUAAGCAAAGGAUAUGGCGAACUUCUGCAACAAAUAGGUUCGUGUUCCGAAAACAUUCAUUUUAGCAUAUUUUUCUCCAAAAAUACGCUCGUUUCGCUUGCAUAGCAGGCAGUGGGAGUAGCGGUAGAUAGUAAAGGCGAAAGCUCCGUAAUUUCCACAUAAUAUUAGCUAAAAAAAUAAAAAGAAAUAAGAUAGUUUUAUCAUUUACCUGCAGGCAGCGCUAUUUAGGGUUAGUUUUAGACAUCCAUCACGGAAAAUAUGUUAAAGAUUUAGUUUACCCUACUUCGUUGCACUUGAAAGUAAUUUUCCAUUUAGCCUUGCUUUACAUACAUGUAUAUAUCUCAAUCAGCAGUUAACAGCUGUAAUUGUUUCGCUUUUACUGUUAUUCUAAUUAGCGAAAUCGCAACAAGCUGCAGCUGUUUAUGAAGUGAAAACACGCUAAUGAGUUUCGUUGAUUGGUCCACACAUUGUAAAUUUGUUACUGAGUUUUAUGGAAACCUUAGCUGGAAAAAAUAAUAAACAACACUAAAUUAGUCAGCUGUAUUUCACAAUGUUACAAUUUAAAACAAUAAAAAAAAAACAGAUUUAAUGAACAAUGAAUGUACAUUAAAUUUUGAAUUAACAUACGCUUAAUUGUUGAAUUAACACUUAAAUUGACAAAAUAUAUUAAAAUACAGUUGAACUUCACUAAUUCAUUCACUAAUCCACAAAAAACUUCGAGUAUAGAGACUUCCAGUUAUAGAAGUUUUCAUUGAAACAAAAAAUUUUUCAAAAGGCUAUAAAAUAUAAAUUUUUAUACAGUUUUAUUUAAUUACUUCGUUUAAAGUUAUUUUCGUAUGCACAUAGAACAUGUAUUCUGUAGUUUUUGGUUGAACAUAUAUUUUUUGCUUUGUUUCAGUGAAAAAGAUGCUAAUCUGUUUAGUUCUUUGUAAUGAUCGUCAACUGUAUUAAUAUUCGUAUUUAAAUAGGAAUUUAAAAUACAAAAAUGUUCUAUUAUUUUUGAGUCUUCUUCCUCGUGUUCCAUGCCGCAACAAGUCAUAUUCGUUGGUUCUGAAAUAUUCGGUUCUGCAAUAUCAUCUGUUAUAAAUACGGCCGAGUAAAUCUCAUUAUCCGCCUCAAUAUAAUCUGUAAUAGUAACAUUUAAAGGCAUAAAUAUGCGCGGCGACUUCUACAUAAGCAGCUGUUUACAGAGUGGGACUUCCCCAAAAGUUCGACUUAGAGAAUCACGUGACUAUUUAAAAGUCCGAUUUAUGGCAGAAAUUUUUUUAUGAAAUUGACUUCCAUUGCCAACUCAAGAGUUUAAUUAAUACCUGAAUUUAGAAAACAUAGCAAAACUUUAUACUUUGUGACAAAAAAGUACCCGGAAAUUGUGAAUAAAACCCAAAAUAUUCAAUUCUUCAUCAAGUAAAACCCACCAGAUGUAAUGCACAUACGCCAAUGGUUUCUGCAGUCCUUGAAAAACUUUUCCUAAUCACUUUUUGGGAUGGCCUUCAGUUCCCUCAGCGCAUUUUGUUUUACCUCUUUGAUUGGCUGAAAACGGGUUCCACGCAAUGGCAAUUUCAGAUUCGUGAACAAGAAAAAAUCACACGGAGCCAAAAAUGGUGAAUACGGUGGUUGAUCAAUGGUAGCCAUUGCGUUUUUGGUCAUAAUCGAACAAAUUUUGAAAAAUCUUUAUCGGGACGAGUCAACCAAACACGCGUUUCAUACCCAAAAUAUUCACCAAAAUCAUUCGAACGGACUCGCGAAAGAUGUCUAGCUCUCUUGUAAACUCGUUAACACUUCCCUGAUAAUUUUCGAGCACCAUAUCUUUCACUUUUUUAGUAUUUUCAUCAGUUGAGGAAGAAGGUCUUGUAGAACGAGGCAAGCCGUCAACGAUCUCUCCACCGUUUUUUAAGGCUUUGCUUCAAUCGUAGACUUGUGUUUUUGAUAAAACUGAAUCAGUGUAAGCCUUAACAAUAACUAAUUAAUUGACAAAAUUCCCAUUGUAACGCUUAACAGCCACUUCGCUCAGCCAAAUUAAUUUAGUACAUUAAGGUUAUAGUUGACGGUUCACAUAGGCGGCAACUUGAUUAACGAUCAGCUGUUAUAUUAUACUUGCUUGUGUUUUGUAAAUCAAUCGAAAUUAGCGCUUUAAUCGAACAGAGGCCGGUCAAUUGAUCAAUUUACAAUAUAUGAAAAGUUUUUACUGAGAAGAAAAUAGUCUGUCUGCAUCGACUUCAAUUUGCAAUUAAUUGCGCGUUAAUAGAGUCAAUUGCGAUAAAGAACAUGUAAUUAUAUUUUUUAAUAAGUUAAAAGUUUCUUUCUUAGCAAAAUUCUCCACAACAUUUUAUUUGCAGAGACUUAUUUCUGCUCAAACAUAAUUGCAAAAUCAGGUAUACAUUUGAAAAUGAGACAAUAUUUAUGGUAGAAAAUUGCUCCUGCGCAGUUUUUGUAAAUAAUAAUUCUUCUCAAUUAGCGCUCGCUCCUUACGACAAAUUUUUGAUAAAUUUAUUGCUUUAUUAUUCAUUAUAAAUUGAUUUCAGACGACAAAUCUCUUAUUAGAAUUCAAACAAUAGCGUUGCAUCAGCUAACUACUUUCUGGUCUAAUAUAAGCUAUCAGGCUCGGUAAUUAAGUGCAGUUUAAAUAUUUCAUUUGUUUAAGCUAUUAUAGUGCCAAUAAUAAAUAUCACGAUGACUGUUACUAUUCUUGCAAAGCGCUAUAAAUACAGACAUGCCACAUAUUUGAUUAAAUUAGCAGCAAAAAGCUUAAUAACUGCAUUCACACUACUUAAUUGACGUUGAAUGAAUUAUGUUUUCACUAGUUGAAACAGAAAAAACAAUCUAAAUGGCAAUGUGUACAUGCUGGCAUUUCGAAAGACGCAUGCAUUGCAUAACAAAAGUGCGCAUGAUUUGUAAUCGAAACAAUUAACAAGCGAGCAUGUUAAGAACAAUAAAUUUCCCAAUGGCUCGGCCUGAAUACUAAUUACGGAAAAGCAAUGCGGGAAUCUAAAGCGAAUAUAUGGAACAACAUUCCAUAGAUUGCUCAUAGGAGCUUAUUAUUUAUACUGCUCUUGAGUGAUAGUCUGAGUAGCUGAGCAAUUCUAAAAGAGUUCAAAGAGGGUGCUACUCAUUUUGUAUUUUCUCUAAUAAAACAAAAUUCUUAGAGGGAAGAUACCUAUAAUAGGUAAAAAUUCGGCGUGUCGAAGAGCUUUCGUUGUGAAGGCUGAGCGUGACUUUUCGGAAAAUGUUUGAAACUCUUUGAACUCUACUGAAUUUUAUGGAUUUUUAAGAUUCGUAUAUUUAUUAUAAUUUUUGUGAAAAAAACACGAAAACGGAGGAUUUUGGUUGGCAUGCUUAUGCAAGUAUAGCACGAAUCUAGCAAGAACCCCUAGUAUCUAGAAAACGAUUUUAUCCGAAGCAGCACUGGCAGUUCUCAAAAUAAGUAGUUUCUACAAAUAUAAAAGUAAGCAAGUUGUAUUAUUAAGAAGACUUGUUUUACGGAGUUUUGGGCGAACAUUCAAAGCCGUGAUGCUGAGUAAGUCGCCGUUUAAUCCAGUUAAAUAGAACUUAAUUCUACAAUCGUAACUAAAAUCCUACAGCGUACUGGGAUAUCUCCAUGUGGCUCGUUUUAUCGGACAACAGCUAAAGAUUGUGAUUUGAUUUAGUCAUUUCUGGGGUGUAAGAUUUCUGGGUAUAGACAAGUAAAUUAAGAAUCUUUGGUGUUGCUAUAGCUAAGAUAACCAAGAUAAUAGCAGUGAAAGACUGCAGAUUGAAUGUAGAAAAUCUGAUUGAGAGUUCGUGAGUAGUUUAUCUAAAGGCAUUUUAGUGGUGUAUGUUUAUGUACCAAUGGUGGACUUUCUAGACGAUUAAUAGUCUCGCAGUAAGGAAAGAUCAUUUUUAAUUCUAAUCUAAAUUGGCUACCGCUUGCAGUGAAACGGCGAAUCCCCAGCAAUAUAUUGCUCGACAAUUAAUUUCGUAAAUUUCAUUGAUUUCAAUAUAACUACAAUUUCAAAUUGUUGGAUCUUCACCAAUUUCAUUAAAAGUCACACAACUAGUUACUAACGGAAUCAUAAUGCAAGGGAAGCCAUUAAAACAAUUUUCGCUGUCACUUACUGGUAAUUACAAAUACAUCGUAGCAGGAGAUGAAACCUCAACUCUCCCACAACCAGGUAGGCCAGCAAAAUCUCUAACAGCAACAAUCAACAUCCGAGCGCAGAAAUCGAAAUUGUCAGAGUGGGAAAUAGGCGUCAAUAAAUCAAAGCGAAAAGGAGAAUAACAGCAGUAGAAGUUUUAGUAAUAUUCUGCGUAUAACUGAGAGUUUAAUUAAUUAGUGAGAUUUGUAGCUAACCAACAGCAGAAGAACGGCAGAGUUAGUUUCAGCCUAAUCGAAACUUUGAGUUGCUAAAAUAUUGCAAUUUCCUUAAACUUCUAAGCAAACCGUUAUUUUUAUGUCUAUAUGUGUAUAUGUGCAGGUGUGUGUGUAUAUAGGUGUGUGUACUUAUAAAUAUUUUAUGUGAGCGUGUCAGUCAGUCUACGCAAAAUUACAGCUUUGUGAGGAAGAAGGCAAAAACAAAAACAUAUACAGUCAAUAUUAUCCAACAAAGAAGUCUACACAGAGAAUCCUUUCAAAAUUUACUAAUUAACAGCUAAGAAUAUCAACAAAAUAUUGUAAAUGUAUGCCUAUUUCUACUACACACACAUGUGUACUUAUGUAUCUAAGUGAAAAUCAAAAUUUGUUAUGAGUAAAUGUACCUAUCGACUAACUAUAAAUACAUUUAUUACAUUUAUAAGUGAAUAUGCUACGAGCAUGAUUAAAUUGAGCAUAAAAAUAAUAUUAAAAUAAAUAGUUUAGUGUUAAUGAAGGUGUCCAAAAAAUACUGUUGUAGCUGUAAGCUUUAAUUUAUCUAGCUUAAAUAUAUAAUAUAUAGUUUUAUUUAUGUGAGAAAAGCUUUUGUUGUAAUUUGUUAAGCUAAAUACCCUUACUCACUUAUCUAAUAUUUACACUAACAAGACUUCGGUUUUAAUAAAAUGUUUUACCUGCGAUUUUAGAGUUAAUUUCGGACCUUAUGGACAUACAUACAUAUGUGUGUGUGUUGGGUCGCAAAGCAGAACCGCUUCAGUCGAGUUAAGACUUUAUUAUACUUAAUUAUUGCACUGAAUGAUUUUUUUAUUAAGAAAGAUUUCUUAUGAACAAAUAAGAAAUUAAAAAUAAUUAGAAUGAUCAACACAACAACUUUUAAUUUGAUAAUUUUAAACAAAAUUGCGAAAAAGCGUGUUAUGCUGUUAUGCUUUGUAAUAAUAGAAAUAUAUAAUUGAUAUUUAAUUAAGUACAAUUAUGAACAUACUAUAAAUGUUUAAAAAAUUUAUUUGAAGCGCAUUUUUCAGUUCAAAAUAUGAAUAUUAUUAUUUAUUUAUGCUUUUGUUGAGAUAUAAUUAAUAUAAAUAAUAUAAUUUUUUUACAUGAUUAAUUAUUUUUUAUCAAUCCAUAUAUGUAUAACGCGAAAAAUGUAAGUAUUUUUAAUUUAAAGCAUUAAAUGUAUAUUAUCUUAAUGUUAAAACUAAAAAUAAAUGUUUGAAAAAAUAUAUUAUUUCUUUUAUUUUUAUUAUUUGCAAAUAAUGCCUAUGAAAUUCAAAUUAUUACUUUUUAAUUAUAACAGUCAUAUCUGUUAUAUUUCUGUGCCGUAAGGCAAUCACAACAUACGCUGAUAAAAUGGGUAGUCGAAAAAGUUAUUUCGUAUUUCUAAUCAAACUUCAACUUUUUUCUUUAUUUAUAAAAUAAAAAAAGAAACAAAUAUGUAGGUACCAUUUUGAUAGACCACUUUUUGCCAUUUUUCCGCUAAAGACAUCAUUCCAUCAGUGUAAAACUUUCACCAGUGUAGAUCGAAAUUUCGAAAUUUCCAGAACGAAAACGGGCGAACCAUUGUUGUGCUACACGAACUGAUACAGCAUCAUCUCCGUAAACUUCACAAAUUUCAUUGGUGGCUUGCGUGGCAUUCCUCCCUUUUUUAAACAAAAAUUUCAAAAUUUAGCGAAUUUCUUCAUUAUUUUCACUCAUUUUCGAACAGCUGUAACUUGUUUUCAAAUUCCCCGAAUUUAAUUUUUUUUGGUUGAAUGAAGCUUAAAAUCUCACCUUUCCAACACUAUAUGGCAUGACACAAUGUGAUUGGUAGCACUAAAAAUAUCCGAAAGAGUAUUCAACCAUCCAAUAUUUUUCCAGUUUCUUUUUUAAAACACCGCUUAGCUUGCAGGUCGAAAUUGGUUAUUUUGGUGAAAUUAUAUAUCACUAUAUGUAUGUUGUCUACAACAGAAGAAACGAUUUUUGCCAGUCGAAUAAAAAUUUCUUCGUUUUCUUUCUCGUCAUAAUUAAUAUUUUUACUUACCUGGCAGCCAUAUUCAGAAAAUUACUGCAAAGAAACGAAAAAGCGUAGACGAAUUUAUUUAUAGUAAUAUAUUAAAUGAAAGCAAACGUUAUUUUUCACACCCAUACACACUUUGUAGUUACAAUAUUAUCAAUAUUGAGUUCAUUUACUUCAUUAAGUACCGUAGUAUUAAAAGCAGUAUAUAUAUGUAGUUGUAUGUAUAUUAGAUAUUAUACGUUCAAGGAAUUCGUGUAAGUUACAAUGAUUCAGUUACCGUUACACGCAGUAAUGUUAUUAAAAUGAGUAGGUGUAAUUUAGUGAAAUCUUAACAUAGUAGAGUCUAUUAAUUUAGAACAGUUGUGAUGCAUGGUUAUAUAUGUAAAUGUGGCUCAAUUACUACAAAGCAACAAAGUGCAUAAUAAAAGAUAUGUAUUGAUAAAAAUAUAA